CGAGUGGCCAUGGAAUCCACACGCAUCGCUUUUACUUGCUGCUACUUGUUGUUUGUUGCAACGAUUUCUGCUGAAACUUGUGAAAAGUCAAAAUGUCCAGGUCCUAUUGGAUAUUACGAAGCUUUAAGUUGUACUCCUGUCUAUCAUUCCCCAGAAGAUUGUUGUCCAUACAAAUACAAUUGCGAUGAUUUGUACAGUAGGUCUCGAGAAAAGUGUUACAUUAAUGGGGGUAAGGAAUAUAAAAUUGGAGAAAUGUUGAAAGAGGAAGAUAGUAAUCCUUGCGAUAUUGGAUGUGUCUGUCGUAACGGUGUGGAUAAUGUUGCGGUAUUUAAUUGCGCCAUAGUAGAUUGUUUUCACGGACCUAUAAAACCCGGCUAUCCAUUAGACCCAGACAAAAAUUGUGUCUGCCAAGAAGGAUAUGCUGGAGAAAACGUAGAGCCUUUUUGUGUAAAACCAAAACAUCCUUACUGUAGUCCAGAAAUGCGUCAUGCCUCAGAUAUUCAUAAUCAUUGUGCUCCAGUUUAUUAUAGCACUCAAUCACCCCAAACUUCUUGCAGCGUUUUUUCUCGAUGCCAAAAUUCAAAAGAUGAAGUUAUUAAAAAUGAAGCUAGCACAUCCGAUUCAGAUAUGACUUGUACAUUCGGUAACUUUACAAUGAAUGCCGGAGAUGAGCUCAAUCAAGCAACUGAUUACAGCUCUGUGUGCGUCAAAUGUGUCUGUGAAGUGGGUCCACUUCCAACUUGCCAACGCUUACCUGACGAAGAAUGCGAUAUUUCUUCUAUUAAUUCACAAAUAAUCAUGGAAUUAACACGUACUUUAUUAACUUCCUUCUUUUCGUUACUUAUAUUAGAGAUUUUAGCUGAUGAAGAUUGUGACAAAUCAAAGUGUCCAGGUCCAAUAAAAUACUAUAAAGAUAUAAAAUGUAAACCAGUUUAUAACUCACCCGAAGAUUGUUGUCCUUAUAAAUAUAAUUGCGAUCAUUUGCAAGCAAGAUCUCCCAAAAAAUGUUACAUAAACAACCAUGAAUAUGAAAUCGGAGAUCGUUUGAGAAAUGAAGACGCAGAUCCUUGCAGUAAAGGAUGUUUUUGUUCGGACCGAAGAGACAUAGCGACUUUUACUUGCGCAAUAGUAGAUUGCUUCACCGGACAUUCAUCAAAUCCCAACUGCUAUCGUCGUCGCCAAGCAAAUCGAUGUUGUCCAGGCGAAGAAGUUUGCCCUGAAAAAGCGGAAGAUAUACCGACCUGUGAAGUAGACGGAAAAAUUUAUAAAGACGGGGAAUAUUUCAAGCCAGCUUCUGAACCCCACAAAAAUUGUUAUUGUGGUCCAGGAUACAUAGGAGAAAAUGUCGAGCCUUUCUGCAUAACUCCGGUAGAUAUUUGUCGGACUGAGCUUAAAUACGCUCAUAAUAUUAUCAGCAAUUGCACGAUGGCAUUGACGCGGAGUUUCUUUUUUGGUAUCUUGUGUUUGUCUUUGACUAUUCCCAGCUUAAUAGCCGAUGAAGAAUGCGAUGCGUCAAAAUGUCCGGGACCGCUUAAGUACUACGAAGACGUAAAGUGUAAGCCAGUUUACAAAACUCCAGACAGUUGUUGUCCUUAUAAGUUCGACUGUGAUCAUUUGAAAGAAAGAUCUAAAGAGACGUGUAUGCCGGAAGAUAUACCCACGUGUCAAAUCGAUGGCAAAAUUUAUAAAGAUGGAGAAUACUUUAAACCAACUGCAGAACCUAAUAAAAAUUGUUACUGUGCUCCUGGCUACACCGGGGAAAAUAUUGAGCCUUUCUGCAAAAUAGCAACAAAUGUAUGUGGAGCGGAAUUGUAUCAUGCAUAUGAAAUUCAUAAUGAUUGUGUACCUGUUUAUUAUAAUUCUCAAUCACCACAAAGUUCAUGCAGCUUUGCUUACAGAUGCCAAAAUAAACAUGAUUCAGUUAUUAAACGACUGAAGACUCUAGAAGAUCUUGAAAAUACACAAAUGGAUUCCACUUGUAAAUUUGGUGAUUUAACAAUGCAAUACGGAGAUGAACUCAUUCAGUCAACAGAUUACAGUUCCGUUUGCGUCAAAUGCGUCUGUGAAGUCGGUCCAGUUCCAACUUGUCAACGUUUACCUGACAGCGAAUGUGAUGUGACGAAGCAUCCACCUUUUAACGUU